AUGGAGCAGAGGUUGAAGAAUGCUGCCGAAGAGGGAAAUAUUGAUGCGCUGUACGCACUAUUUCAGGAGAAUAAAUACAUAUUGCAGGACAUUGAUCAGAUCCCAUUUGUUCAUACUCCUCUACAUAUAGCAGCAUCUGCUGGCUGUACCCAUUUUGCUGUUGAAAUGAUUAGCUUAAAACCAUCAUUUGCAUCGGUCAAGGUUUUGACAGUUCGAGGAGAGACUGUAGUGUAUAUUGCCACAAGAAAUGGAAGCUUCCAAGCAUUUAAAGUAAUUUUGGGAUGGCUUCAUAAAUUCUACAUUCAAGAGUUGCUAAACUGGAAGGACAAGGAUGGCAACACAGAGAUGCAUAUUGCAGUGUCCGCUAACCAACUUCUGGUACUCUCUCUUGCUCCAUUUUGCCUGCGUGCAGCAGUAUAUCUGCAGUUUCUGUUGAUGGUGGUGGAGUUGUUAAUCAAUAAUAAAGCGGACAAAGUUGCAACGAAUUGGGAGGGCAAAACGGCACUUGAUUCAUCUGAACCAAAUGAAGAGGUCAGAAACAUUUUAGUCCGCGCAGGAGCUUCAAAAGCGUCAUUCCCUCCUAAAUUAACAAAAGUCUGGCACAUUUUAUGA